UUUGUCGCACUCACACAUUUUCCCACCUUUGUUUUCUUUUCUUUGUUCCGUUUAUGUCAUGAACGAUGUGUAAAUUGGUGGUGGCUAACAUAGCAGAGAUCUAUAAGGCUUACAAAACUGGGAAUUACAAGCCAAUGGAUGCCAAUAAAGAUCUUUACUCUUCACCUGUCUAUAAAAAAUGCACUGAGAGCCUAAUACUGAUAUUGAUUUGUUAUCGAACUGAGUCUGAGGAAAGAAUUGAAGGGCGGAUCAAGAUCAAAAUAUGUGAAUGGGUAAAUAUAUCAGAGAUAAAUGGAGGAGUGUAUGUCAUUGUGUGCUUGACAGAGUAUGAGUUAUUGCAUAAUAUUCAGACCCAGUUUCAGAUUGUUAGUGAAUGAAUCCCACAUGGAAAGUAUGUGGGAUCAUCAUACUAUUUAUAAGAGCAUGAGUUACUCUACUCAUCACUAAUUGGUUUUGAGAUGGAACCUCAUACUUCUUACCAUGCACCGAUCAAAAUCCAAAAUCGGUCCAAAAAAAGAGAGAGCUCUUUGUAAUUUUUGUAAUUUGGGGAUAAUGAGCUAAAAAGAGCCAACGAGCCACUUGCGAUCGAGCACUCUGAUGGCUAACUCUCACGAAUUGUUAUGUUGUUUAUUCUACUGAUCAGCAGUAGGUUUUAACAAGCCUCACAUUAAUCUCAUGAAAAAUAUUGAAAUGAACUAUUUGCUUUGAAAUAAUAAAAUGCAAUAUAUGUCA